UUUUAGUUUUUAUCCUGUCCUGUUGUCCUUUAGUCUUUUAGUUUUUAACCUGUCCUGUUGUCCUUUAGUCUUUUAGUUUUUAUCCUGUCCUGUUGUCUUGUUAUCUUUUAGUUUUUAGUUCCAGUGUUCCCUUAUGGGUGUGUUCAGUCUGCCCGUGGGGAUGUCGUCUUGGAGAUUCCUUGGGCCCGGGGGUCUGGGCGGCUCUGCACCAUAUGUGGAGUCUGUCCUGGUCUACCCAGGUUCGUGGUGGUCUACCCGGGUCCUGGUGGUCUCCCCGGGUCCUGGUGGUCUACCUGGGUCCUGGUGGUCUCCCCUGGUCCUGGUGGUCUACCCAGGUUCGUGGUGGUCUACCCGGGUCCUGGUGGUCUCUGUGAUGGCGUCCUCUAUGGCUGUGGGCUCUGCCACCUCUCAGUGUGGAUGCUCCCUCAGGUUGCUUUUUCCUCAUCUGGAUCCUCGGAGCCUUGCCAUGUCUCUACACUGUCAAUCAAUAUGUGCUGUGUCCAUCUCUGUAUCUUCGGCUUUCAACAUUGAUACGACAAACCCCCACAUCUAUACUGCAGAACAAAAUGAUUUAUUUGCAAACAAAGUGCUUCAAAUCAUAUCUGGGAAGAAAGGAGGGAUACUUGGGUCUGCACCCCAGCAGCCCAACGGAUGUGAAGAAACAAGCAAAUCUGAUCUAAACUCAACCCAUCAGUGCUUCAUUAUUCCAGAAACUUUACUCACAAACGAAACACCAGUCAAGCACUUUGGCCUGUCAGUAAGUGAGGACUCCAGAUGCUCCCAAAUCACUGUUUUCAGUCCAAGUGUGGUGCAUGAAUGUUAUGGGAACUCCAAUCUCAACAGCACACGGUACAAUAGCAGACCUGCGUACCAAGAAUGCACAAAAAAGACAGUGGACCUAGUCUUUCUAUUUGAUGGAUCAGGUAGUAUGGAAGAAGAAGAGUUCAACAAAAUUAAAAACUUGAUAGUGGAAAUGAUGAACAGCCUGAAGAACCUAUCAAUCAAGUUUGCAGCAGUUCAGUUCUCCACACAACCCAGGAAAGUUUUUGACUUCAAUGACUAUGAAGAGGGUAGAGCUCUUAGAAAUCUAAUGCAAGAACCUCAUAUGAGUGCUCUCAGCAACACAUACAGAGCCCUCGCAUUUGUGUUAAACGACAUUUUUGAAAACUCAGCUGCAGGCGCCUCUCCUGAUGCAACCAAAAUAAUGAUACUAAUCACAGAUGGAGUUCCAACUGACACGGACAGAGAUAGGAUCAUUAACAGAUAUGAUGAAAAAAACAUAAUUCGCUUCAUUAUUGCGGUCAAAGAUGCUAGUCUGGAUGGAUUCAGAGCCUUUGCUUCAGAACCAAAAGACAAAAAUACCUUCAAGAUGGAGAACUAUGAAGGACUCCCAGGAAUACUGGAAGACAUCCAAAAAAAGAUCUUUAAAAUGGAAGUGGCUCAAGCACAAAUGUGUCAGAGUGAAGUUGCUGCUGUCUUCUACAAAGUUUGCAGACCAAGUGAAACCCAUGAAUGUAAGGAGAACUCCGUUGUGAACAGCGUGUGCUACAAGAGAAAAGAUGACCUUCAGCCAAUCUCCUCGUUCACACCUGCUUUCCAAGAAAGCACAAGUAAGAAAAUAGACCUAGUUUUUCUGUUUGAUGGAUCAGGGAGUAUGACCGAAGCAGAGUUCAACAAAAAUAAAGAUUUUAUAGUGGAAAUAAUGAGCAGCCUGAAGAACUUGUCAAUCAAGUUUGCAGCAGUUCAGUUCAGCACAGCUCCCAGGAAGGUUUUUGACUUCAAUGACUACGAAGCUGGUCGAGAUCUUGAACAACUCAAGAAAGAACCCCAAAUGAAGUAUCUCACUAACACACACAAAGCGCUAACAUUUGUGUUGGAGAAUAUCCUUGAGAACCCAGCUGCAGGCGCCUCUCCUGAUGCAACUAAAGUUGUGGUCGUCAUCACUGAUGGAGAUCCCAGCGACAGAGACAGAAAUGGGAUUAUCGCCAAAUAUGAUGAGAAAAACAUAAUUCGCUUUGUCAUUGGGGUCAGAGAUGCUGGGCUGGACAGAAUCAGAACCAUUGCUUCAGAACCAAAAGACAAAAAUACCUUCAAGAUUGAGAACUAUGAAGGACUCCCAGGAAUACUGGAAGACAUCCAAAAAAAGAUCUUUAAAAUGGAAGUGGCUCACGAACAAAUGGGUCAGACUGGAUUCAGUGCUGUCUUCUACAAUGAUACUUUGAUUCUGGGUUCAGUGGGAUCAAACAGCUGGCGUGGUUGGCUUCAGAACCAUCAUGAACAAAAAGAAACACAUUCUGAAGAUCCACUCAUGCAGAUGAACUCCUACAUUGGAUCCUCUAUCUCCACUGGAGUGAAGAACAGCUUUUCUCUAUAUUUCAUGGGUGCACCAAGAUUUGAGCACACAGGACAGGUCGUACUCCUCAGACACAAUUGGAAGAAAUGGACUGCAGCCCAAAGAUUAAAUGGGGAUCAGAUUGGUUCCUAUUUUGGUGCAGAGUUGUGUUCAGUAGAUGUCGACUCAGAUGGUAACACUGAUUUCCUGCUGGUGGGAGCUCCACGGUUUUCUCAGGAAGAGAAAGAAGGCCAGAUCUAUGUCUACGCACUGACUGAUGAGAUGCAACUGAAAAGUCAACUGAAUGUGACUGCACCAUCCAUGGGAAGAUUUGGCACCACAAUUUCCAGUCUUGCAGAUCUGAAUGGAGAUGGACUCCGAGACGUUGCUGUUGGAGCCCCUCUUGAAGAUGAUAACAGAGGGUCUGUGUAUAUCUACCUUGGUGACAGGCACAAAGGGAUGCGCAGCACUUUCAGCCAAAAAAUCAGGGGAUUGGACAUAAAACCUGAGCUCAGAUUCUUUGGACAUGCCAUUGAUGGGGACUUUGACCUCGGAGAAGAUGGAAUCCCAGAUAUUGUGGUUGGCUCACAGGGCAUGGCUGUUGUGCUAAGGGGCAAUGAACUCCAGACCAAUAAUCUCAUUCACACUGGAUGUGGAUCCAAUGAGACAAACAAAUCGGGGUUUCUUCAUUCAAACCGACAAAACAGCCAGAACUCUUACCAGCACCGUAGAGCUGAAGGAUAAAGAUACCUGCCGUAACUACUCCAUCUAUAUGCCAAGAUGUGUGGAUGACACAUUAUCACCCAUCAUGAUCAGACUACAUUUUUCCCAAGUUGACAGUGAGAGAGCGAGUGCCAUCCUAAGCAUGGACAACAAAAGGCAGGCAGUUGUUGAGAUUAAUUUCCGAAGUUAAUGGAAAAAAGAUGGAUUUUAAGGAUGCACAUCUGACAAGCAGCAAGAGAGAAGCGUGCUUGGGAAAAGGAGUCUGAAGGACAACAAUGAAAAUAAACAUUAAUAAUAACUUAAUUAAUCAAAUAACAAUGCAAUGCUCUUCCACAGUACUGAUAUUGAUAUUGACAAUGCUUUGUCUGUUCUUUGCAAAUGUAAGAUCAAUGCUUAUCCAUUUCUUGCUGCACCAGAACCCUCCCCUCUCCUGUAUCACAUGUUGAGGCAACUCGCUGUAUUACAACAUAUAAUACAACAGAUCUUUGUAAUCAUGUAUAAUCUGUGUAUAUCACAAACAUUCCUGUAUACACACUGUCAAGUAAGUUGAGAUCUCUACUCGCCAUACACCAGCAAAAGAUGGUAUGAGACUGUGAAAACCAAGGACUUUCCAGCAGAAUAGCAGCUGGACAGUUUGGUGCUUUCCUAAUAUGAUGUAAUACACAAAGGCACUGUGAUAAUUGUUGUUAAGUGAUCCUACUAUGUGAUGUGAUGGUGUGAUACACAAAUGACAAAUGACUGAUGGAUGUGGAAAUGAUUGUAAUGAACGAAGUAAGUGAUGAUUAUAUGUACGAUGAUAGUUAAAAUGUUGAAGUGAUUUGAUAAAAUAACUGUUGAGACAAAAUGCAAGAAUGAUCAGUUAAACAGUAUGUGUGGUGACUGAAGUAAUCAUAAGAAAUGUUGGUGACAAUGAUAUUAAUUCUGAUGACUGUGUUAGAAAGAAGCAACAGUUAGGGCGAAGCCAGUAGAAAAAAGGGAACUGAGAAGGGCGACGUUGAGCUGAGACAUGUUGUAACGUGUCGAACGUGUGAAGCUGGACCGAGAUGUGGGAAAGAGAAGUUAGAGGAACAGUUCUCACUGUUGUCAGGAUUACAGUACUGAUCUAGGAUUACUCUGACUUUGGAUAAAGUGGAGAGCCUCAGCUGAGGUCUGAAGCCGGACAGUGCGUUAUAGUUGCUUGGCCAGGCAACUUUCCCGUUUUCCUCUCCAAAUUUGAUGGAUUACAAUUCCCAGCUACAGCUUCAUUCAACACAGGCAGUUAGAGUAAUCCAUUUUUUGAUCAUUAUAUGCUGUAUGCUUGCACCUUGCUAUAUUAUCAAUAAAUUCUCAAUUGCAUUUAAA